GAACUUAUCUGUGCAAGUAAUUCAAAGUUUAGUCUUCUUUGGCGUGUACAGGAUGCGCCCGUUAUUGUUUUACCUGUUGAUUGGGAUUUGUGCUGCAGACGAAGGCUGGUUCUGGCACGUGACGGACUUCCACUGGGAUUUCUCCUACUGGACUGACCAGUUGUCGUGCAAUGGUAUGAACAUCUCCAAGCCGGGCGCAUUUGGCAACCAGUGGUGUGACUCCCCAUGGUCACUCGUGGAAGAGUCGAUCAAAGGUCUAAGACUAGUCCAACCAAACGUCGACUUCGUUUUAUGGACUGGAGACACCGUCCCACACGUUUCAGAUUCUCAUCUAAGCAACGACUUAAACAAGGAAUUGGUCAUGAAUGUCACAACUUUAAUGGAACGAGAGUUUCCAAACACAAAAGUAUACGCUACAUUUGGCAACCAUGACAAUUAUCCUAGCAACUUGUUUACGCCGCACAAUAGCGAUAUUUACAAUGCUACUUACAUGAUAUGGAAAACCUGGAUAGAUGAUAAUAGCCAAGUUGACAAUUUUCAUAAAGGGGGUUACUACACAGUUAAGAUUCGAGAUGGAUUAAGACUCGUUGCGAUGAACUCGAAUAUGUACUACACAAAGGAUACGGUCACAAAUGUGGAAGACCCUGCUUAGUUGGCUAGAUCAACUUUUGAACGUAUCAAGUGCCUCAAAUGAGAAGGUUAUUUUGGCUGGUCAUGUUCCACCUGGAUACACCACUCCAAGAGCUGUACGUUGGAUGACAAAAACUUUCAACCAGAAGUUCGUAGAUAUUGUCCUACGUCAUUCAUCGACAAUUGCAGCCUUGCAUUUUGGUCAUGAGCACCACGACAGUUUUCGUAUAUUUUAUGAUGGAGAGGUCGCUGUUGCAACAUUGUUCAUUGCCCCGUCGGUGACACCCUGGAGGUACCAGCUUCCAGGAGGUGAGGUUGAACCUGCACACAACCCCGGAGCAAGGCUAGUCAAAUACGACCGUCAGACUGGCAAAACACUGGACAUCUUGCAGUAUUAUGCUGAUUUAGAUACGGUCAACCUUGAUCAGCAGUUCGUAUGGACACUGGGAUAUAGCGCUACUGCGAUGUAUGGUGUUCCGGAUCUAAGUGUAGAUUCGAUGCACAAAGUGGUGAACAGUCUUUCUGACGGAUCUGGAUCAGAGUUUCAGAACUAUGUUAAAUGGUACAACACCAAUGGGAAAAAUCCUGCUGAUCUAUGUAAUGCUCUGUGUCACCAUGUUGUCAUGUGUGGACUGAGGUAUAUGACUGAAAAGCCAUUCCAGCAAUGCUUACACCAUUCUACGCAUACGUAAUGAUUUUGUUAGAUAUUAGAGAAAGAUAUCUAGCUGAGACUGAAGAUAUAUAUUGACAAAAUGGAAAUAGAAAUUAUUGCCUAUCAAAACACUGUCUUGACUAAAUCUUGCCCUGUAUGGAGUAUAUUUUCCAGAAACAAAUAAAGUGAUUAUAUAAAUUGUUUUUAUACUUUCUGAACUAAAUAAAGCUGUCGUGCCUUGAAAGACGUCAAAUACAUUGAUAACAUAGGUAUGAACUGAUGUGAAUUUAAGACAACACACUUAAUAUAUAUAACAUAAUAUAAAGUAUAUUGCAAUAGUUUUUUUUCUAUUAAAUGACUUUCCAUGCAAUUCUUACAUUGCCACAUAAACCUAGACUGAUGAGCGUACGAUUGCGUUUUGCCAUUUACUUUUAAUGUUCUUCACAUUUGCAUUAACUUUUUGUAGCGCCAUUUACGAAAUUCAGAUUUAAAACGUUAUAUGAUACAUUGCGCUUUAUACAUGUUGCGUUGUUUGAGGCGUGACAGUACGUAUUUUAGUGCGUUAUCGUGCAUUGCCAUACCAUUGGACAAAAUUGUUUGAUAUUGUUUGAUAUAAACGCAUUCGAAUGUAAAAUAUAAAUAUAUGAAUGAU